ACAACUUGCACGUCGCGUCUAAGACCUACCUCCACUUGUAGUCAUUAUUCUUCGCGUGGACGUAUCAUGAGCAGUGUCGGUCUGCGUCUAGCGUCAUCAAGCGCAUUGUCUGCGUGGAAGAGCACGAAAUGUCCAAGGCAACUCUGGGGUGCACGCAGGCACCUGCACUCGCGAAUAGAACUUCCCUACAAGGUCGAUGAGGGCCUUGGAAACUUCAUGUCUCCAAGGACGCUCAAAAUGGUUUCCGAAGAGUACCAGCAAGGCCUGCUCGACCGGCUGAACGAGAUGUUCCCUGAUGCUGCUGACCAGCGAAAGAGCGUCACACAGCUCGUGAUCGAUACUGCAAGCUCUGGGAAAGAUGCCCUGGGCUUCUCCUACGCGAGUCACGCCCUCAACAACUCCUUUUUCCUCAACUGCCUCCAAACUCCAACAGAAAAGCACUACGAAGAUUUCAUUCACAAUACUUCCAUAGCCCCAGUCAUCCGCUCCCAAUUCGGCAGCUUCUCGCAUUUCAUCAAUAACUUCUCUUCCGCCGCCAGGGGGAUGUCGGGGUCGGGCUACAUCUGGCUUAUCACGGAUACCGUAGGGCAACCUUGCCAUUCAGCCCACAUUUGCAGCCGGCACGCUUCUCAAAACCCUGCGGGUCAGUACGAGGUGCUUCAUGAGGGCAGGUUCCGCGACGGCCCACAGCCAACGCACUUGAACACAGGGGUCCUGCACCAUUGCAUCCCCUCUGCCCCUGUACGAACACUACACUCAUCGCUGCGCAGCCGCCAGGAUGGCGCGCGUUCUUUUUAUGAUAGCGAGCCCAUAGAGCAGGCGUCUGGCCCUUCUACGAGGAGCCUCCGUUACUUGGGUGAAAGGAUCUAUCCCCUAUUCUGUGUCAGCAUUCACGAGCAUUGCUGGCUUCUCGACCACGGAGUGUGGGGCAAGGAGAAAUAUAUGAAGGAGCUCUGGAGCGUGCUGAACUGGAAUAAGGUUAGCGAACGGUAUUCAACAUUCAAAAGUGCGAAUGCUGGCCCUCAGCCACUGCGAAUGUAGGUGGAUGGAGUUGCAGGAGUUUAAAGUGUUUGGAUUAAUUGGCAUAAUUCACCUGCUCGAUCUACCUAGAUCUACAAAGUACAUACUUAUACGUCCGUUUAAACUUCCUCCGGAAUGCUGUUGAUUUCAUCUAUUGAUCAUAAAUUGGCAGGA